CCGGUGUUCAGUGUCGGUUCGACUGGCGGUGAGUUCGUACACACAGCGCACAGACACGUGUCCGUAGUUGCGGUGAGUUCAGGAAGAGGAGUUCGUGUUUUUCAUUUUUGUGCUGGCGUUUAAAUCUGUCGCGUGCACGUUUUGGAGAGAAAGAGAGAGAAGGUCUACGCCCACGUGCGUGCGGAUCAGCGUGGAUCAGCGGAUGCUGUACCUGUACAUCACACAGCUCACGGAAGCUGAAAGAAGCUGGUGACCUGCAGACGUUUGUCGGCAACUACGUAACCGGAGGCUACGGAAGAACGGUGGAACGCUAUAGGUGUGAAACUGAAGAAACAAAAAGUUAAUCGAUUUUGAUGUGGCCAAUUUACCGCCGUCAUUAGGGAAGAGGGUAACUUCCCUGGCAGUAGUAGCGACAGAGUGAAGAUCCGGAGAAGAAGAGUGCUGAACACAGGCGGAACAACCUUUCUUUUCGGCGCUCAAGUGGUUCAAAGUGGUUCAAAUUGAGCAUAAAACAUGAAAACAAGCCGGUGAUUGAUAGCAUUAGGGCUGCUGCUCAAUAGUUUACACCUCCUGGGAAGAAACCAUCGGAGAAGAGAGUUUUGUGAGGAGGUCCAAAUUAAGGGUGAUGAUUUUACGUGCUGGAUGAUAAAUGGAUAGCUGAAGCAAACGGGUGGUCCAGAUCUUCAACGCAUCGAAGACUGCUUGGGAAGAUCGAAGAAGAAAGUGAGAGUUGUGAAUUAACAUCAACAAUUGUGAGUGUGUUUCUGAAGGGAUUGCUCGACUGGACGAGGUGAAGAAGGAGUGAUCUGUUUGCAGUUAUUGCAUAGUGUAGCAAAUCGUGAAGAGAAGCUGCGCAUUUGUCGUCCACGCCGUUUGGGUUGGACGUUUAUGGAUACAAUAGGCGAUCAGAUUGUACCGUCGCCAAGCUUUUGGGUAAUGCAGUCACCAGAAUUAGAAUUUCGGCAUGAGCUGAUGGGGCGCAUAAAUAAAUUGGAAAGCGAUGUCGAGCUGGACGUGGUUCCGAUUAAUCAACAUCAUCCAUCAUCCGGCUCCCCGCCGCUGUCCCACCACGCCGUGGCCACCGGGCUGGCGAGCGUGUACGGAGGUCAGGGCCACUAUGACCACUACGGCAAGGAGUUCUUUUUCGGCAGCAAACACCGCGAUGCACUUUGCGGCGUGUCAGCGGCGGACGGGGACGACUCGUUUCUGCGGCCUCCCCUCUGGGAGGACAUUACCAGCUCGAUCCAGAACAUUGACCCGGAGAACGCCAUCAUGCUCGGGUCUGCGACAACGACGACGACUGCAAUUACUCCGCAGGUCAAAACCGAAGCCGUGGACGACACCUUCCUGGAACCGCUGUCGUCGCCGUUGCUCAGCCCGCUGGAGAUCAAGACCGAGAAGAGUCACGCGGGGUUGAGCCACAACCACCACAACAACAACAACAGCAUACACCAAAAUCAGUUACUUAGCGAUAAUAGUUGUAGCAACACCUUCCUAACCAAUAGCGAAUCUUCCGCCUACCUGCACCAUCCGGUUUCACACCCGGGCUCGAUGGCCACUAGUCACGGUCACGGCCAGCAGCCACAGCAGCACAAUCUCAACGGCUACAUGGGCUGCACCAACGGGCUGGUCUCAACGCAACAGCACCAAUCCCAUCAACCUCAUCAACACCAGCAGCAGUCCCACCAGCAUCACCACCAUCAACAGCUGCAGGUGAACCACAACAACAACAACUAUUACCAUUGGCCACCGUCGAACCAUCAACCGCCCGGCGGUGGUCAGAUGUACCACCCAAAGUACCACCCGCCGACCCAGGGCGGAGCGUCCACCAUUUGUACACCCAUCUCGAGGCUCAUGUACGUCCCGCCGCUGACCCCGCCGAACUCCGACCCGGGCAGUCCCGGGACGACGCUGCAGAACCCACCCCGCCGAACUCCACCCCCACCAUAUCACAACCAGCAGCAGCAGCAACUCCACCUGAUGACCUCGAGCCAGGGUCAUUCCCACGGGAGUACCGUCGUCGUUCCUAACGGAUCUCAACCGCAGGUGGGGCAAACUCACCUGCACGCGAUACCAGCUCCACCUCCACCAGCGGUUGUUCCGGUGACCACCACUAGUGGUCCUGCUAGCGGAGGUGGUCGAUCCGGUGGAAGUGGCAGCAGCAGUAGCAGUAGUGGUAGCGGAAGCAGUAGCGGGAGUGGUUCCGGAACGGGUCGGAAGCGGGCCUCGCAGCACAGUAUCAACAGUGUGCUGAGCAGUGUCGGGGUUGUGAAGCACAUUGUGGGGCGGUACAACCGGAGGAACAACCCGGAGUUGGAGAAGCGGAGGAUACAUCACUGUGAUUUUAUGGGUUGCACAAAAGUCUACACCAAAAGCUCCCACCUGAAAGCCCAUCAACGAAUUCACACAGGUGAAAAGCCGUACACCUGCCAGUGGCCCGAGUGCGAGUGGCGUUUCGCGCGGUCCGACGAGCUGACGAGGCACUACCGCAAGCACACCGGUGCGAAACCCUUCAAGUGCAUCGUCUGCGAGCGCAGCUUCGCCCGGAGUGACCACCUGGCGCUGCACAUGAAGCGACAUCUACCAAAAAAUAAGUGAAGAACGCCCCCGCGGUCGUUGGGCGGAAACGCAGCAAAUCUAGAGCAAUUCAACUAUCUCUGCUAGAGUUAAGCCUUUUGAAGGACGUUUUACGCAUGUAUUUCUAAGGUUCGGUGUUCCAGUUCCAGAAUGUGUGUGCGCGCACCCCUCUUAAAACACGACUUCCGAAGAUUUUUGGUUCCCACACGAACGAAAUCGAAACCCAAACACAAAGCUUAGACGCUAUUGCCACACAAGCCGUACUGCCGGAGAUCUCUCCAGAGCAAAUAUUGACACUGACAAAGAAAUCAAACGAAGGCUUCUACACCUAUUUGAAAAAAAAACUACUGAUCAAAUCUACCCCUCGAAAAACCUAUUGAUGAAGGGGUUGAUGGACCUAUUUUGUACCUAAGAUAGCGUGACUUCUUCUAACUUACAAAUUUCGUCAUUUUUCCAUACACAUCAGACGAUAAAAACACUUUGUUUUGGUGCUGCCAUCUAAUUAUUGAAACAAGCACUAACGAGCAUUGCAUGCAAGAUUGCUUACAAGUCAAAGGAUGGUGAAUAAACUACGCACUACAUUUUUCAGGUCAUCGAUAGGCGCAUCAACCCUAUACAUCAAACAUUUCACUGCCGGUUGCGUGCGACCAAAUCUAUCACUUUGCUUGUUUGUUUCUCACCGCCUUUACGCUCAAUUCGAAGUGGACUCACAAAAAAAAUCAAUAAAAAUUUCACUGAAUUGAAGCAGCUACUAAAAUUUCUAUCACCCCAGUACAAACCCCACAAACUAAUAUGAAAAAUUCGAACAGUAAAUCGAUCUCAAUGGAAAUUAAAGCCUACAUCAAACUCCUCGAAAAACAAUCCUCAAAAACUAUUUUCCCCAUCAAAACCUACGCUCUCUUUCCCUCUAUAUAAAUAAACAACCUAGUUUACACCGAAUAUUGAGUGUAGCAAAAUUUGCUAAAUGUUACCACAUAAACUACGCACAAUCACACAAAAUCACACAAACUAAAUAAAAGUCGAACUUGGACGCAACUUGUAAAUGUUACUUUUAAGGCAGCAGCGCAUCUUAUUUAAGUACAACCCUUUUUCCACAGCUGAAUGUCGUGUUCUUUAGUUGCCAUUAUCAUGUAAGAUUUGAAACAAAAAAAAACUGUAUUUGCACAAAAAAGUAUUUCUAAAUGUACAGUUUUCCUUUAUCGAAGUAAAAAUAUUUUCCGUACUCCUAGGUUAAGUGAGCUUUUAUUUGUGUUACUUAGGGACCAUCCAUAAACCACGUGGACACUUUUAGGCGGGGGGGGGGGCGGUA